UGGUGGAAAUGCUGUAUAAAUGCAGCAUCAGCCUGUCCACAACAGUGUCUGAAAGCUUAUUGGUACCCAAACAUGAAGGGACUGAGCUUGGUUCUCCUUGUGCUUCUCCUGAUGCUCGCAGUUGGGGAGGGAAAUGAUCCAGAGAUGCAGUACUGGACUUGUGGGUAUAGAGGACUCUGCAGACGGUUCUGCUAUGCUCAGGAGUACAUCGUCGGUCAUCACGGUUGCCCUAGAAGAUACAGGUGCUGUGCUACGCGGUCUUAGCAACUGUUGUUGUCUGAAGAUGUCACAGCAUGCAGGCUGACACCUUCAGAACAGGAUCCAUGGUCUCAGACACAGCAUUCUUCUGGAUUAGACAGGUUUCAUUUCAGUCUGCCCAU